UACACGGGGACCGAGGGGUCCGGCUGAGUCACCUCCAGCGUCUCGAAUCCACGCUUGAGCUCCGCCGCCGCCGCUUCUGCCGCCUCGAUCUCAUCGUCCGCCAUGGCGAUUCGCAGAGUCUCCGUUCCUGUCGUUCUCGAGAAUAUGCUUAACAAUUCUUCCGGGGCGGAACGACUGAACCAGCAUGAACUUGCCACAUGACACCAGCUCAGGAAGUUUGGUGCCUCCGCCCAAGCAAACCAAUUUGAAGACCAACAGAACUCAAACUCAUCGGUUUCAGGUAGCAUAAUCUCGUUCAUGGUUUAUCUUGCUCCACUUCCAACAUUCUACCGUGUGUAUAGAAUGAGAUCAACGGAGGGGUUUCAGUCAGUUCCAUAUGUGGUUGCCUUGUUCAGUGCCAUGCUGUGGAUUUACUAUGCUAUCGUAAAAACUGACGCAACACUUCUCAUCACCAUUAAUGCAUUUGGGUGCUUCAUUGAGACAUUUUACACUGCAAUAUACCUCAUAUAUGCUCCCAGAGCCAUGAGGGUCUCCACUUUGCUAAUCAUCUUCUUAUUAAAUGUGGUUUCAUUCGGUUCAAUCAUCUUAAUAACACAACUUGCUUUUCACGGCUCCGAGCGAGUAAAAGUUAUAGGUUGGAUCUGUGUGGGAUUCUCCAUUAGCGUCUUUGCUGCACCCCUGAGCAUCAUGAGGCUUGUCGUGCGGACUAGGAGCGUGGAGUACAUGCCGUUCUACCUCUCACUAUUCCUCACAAUUAGUGCUCUCGCUUGGUUUGCUUAUGGCCUCCUCAUUCGUGACUUAUACGUCUUGCUUCCAAACAUUUUGGGACUCAUUUUUGGCGCAACACAGAUGGUGUUGUAUGUGAUCGUCUCCACCAGGCAAUUGCCCACUCUGGACCCAACCAUGCCGGAGCAUGUGAUUGCCAUCACAGUUGUUCCUCUUAAUUCCACUCUUGGCAUUGAACCGAACCAAUUCGAAAACCGAUUCGAAAUGAUUGAAUGCAAUCAUGAGAACAGUUGCUCAGAAGAUAAGGCAAAUCAUGAUGACACAGGAAAAGCGGCGACUGAGGAUAUAUCUUCAGGGAUGAAUGGAGGAGCUCAGUUUGAGAGCUUGAUAUCAUAAGUAUCAUGCAAUUAUAUGGUCUUUUAUUCAUGUUUAUUAGGAAGAAUUUAAUCCGGAUUGGAAUUUGGAAGGGGGCCAUUGGUUGAAGUAACCAAAUUUUUAGUUAUGUUAUAAUUAUAAAAAUCAAGCUCUUAUAUUUUCCUUAA